AUGAUUAAGAAAAUAGAAGUGAGAAGAAAUAACAUAAUAUUUGAUACAUUAGAGGAGAAAAACGAAACAGAUGAUAAUUUUAACAAUAUGAAUUUGGCUGAAUGUGGUUUUGGGAGAUAAUCAUUUUAAAGAAAUUCCCAAUUCCCAAUGAUUUAAUAAUAAAUUGAUAUAGAAUGA